AUGGCGACCGCUAUCACUACCACCGAGACCAGGAGUCGCAAGGCCAACGGCGGUGCCAAUGGCGUGCUCAAGACCAAGGUGGUCGAGUAUCCCGACAUUCAGACCAUCCGCGAUGCCAUCCCCGCCCACUGCUUCGAGCCAACCAUCCUCCACUCGAUGGCUUAUGUCUUCCGCGACCUCAUCAUGGCCGGCGCCCUUGGCUGGGCUGCCUUCACCUACAUCCCCCAGAUCAACGACAGCAUCGUCCGCGGUCUUGCCUGGGCCCUCUAUGGCUACCUCCAGGGCCUCGUCCUGACGGGCGUCUGGAUCUUGGCUCACGAGGCCGGCCACGGCGCCUUCUCCAAGCACCAAAACUUCAACGACGUCGUUGGCUGGGUCCUCCACUCGGCUCUCAUGGUGCCCUACUUCUCCUGGAAGUUCUCUCACCACCGCCAUCACCGCUUCACCGGCCACAUGGAGAAGGACAUGGCCUUCGUCCCCGCCACCAAGGAGGACCGCCAGAAACGCCGCCUUGCCGACCUCUACCUCGACCGCGAGCUCUUUGAGGACGUCCCCCUUGUCCAGCUCGUCAAGCUCAUUUUCCACCAGCUCGCCGGCUGGCAGAUGUACCUCUUGUUCAACGCCACCGCCGGUCCCGCCAGCAAGCAGCGCGAGGGCGGCUGGCUCCGCGUCAGCCACUUUGAGCCCACCAGCGCCGUCUUCCGCCCCAGCGAGGCCGUCUACAUCUUCAUCACCGACGUCGGUCUCGCCAUUGUCGGCUACUGCCUCUACCUCGCCUCGACCAUGGUCGGCUGGAAGAUGGUGUUCCUGAUGUACGGCCAGGCCUACUUCUGGGUCCACCACUGGUUGGUCGCCAUCACCUACCUCCACCACACCCACCCCGACGUUCCCCACUUCGACGCCGAGAACUGGACCUUCGUCAAGGGCGCCCUCGCCACCGUCGACCGCGACUUUGGCUUCGUCGGCCGUCACCUCUUCCACGGCAUCAUCGACACCCACGUCGUUCACCAUCUAUUCCCCCGUAUCCCCUUCUACAAGGCCGAGGAGGCCACCGAGGCCAUCAAGCCCGUGGUCGGCGACCUUUACCACCAGGAGAAGGGCUCGUUCCUCGGCUCGCUCUGGAAGACCUUCACCACCUGCAAGUACGUCGAGGCCGAUCCCACCGUGCCGGGCACUCUCAAGUGGGCCGAGAGCAAGUAA